AUGCUACGAAUUUUGCGGCAUCGCUCCGCGCUUGGCCUCGGUGCGGCGCGGAGUGUGAAUCUGGGAUACUAUGGCAUGCGCUCAAAACAUACCGAUGCCACACUUGCGCACGUCACUUGGCUUGAUCCCCUGGCACGGCAUCUACUUGUGAUGCCAGAGACGUUGGGCCUUGUCGGGACAUGCCCUUAUCCGUACACGACGUUCAUUGUCGGCAUGACUCUAAUUUUACGUCUUGUUGUAUCGGUACCGACUGUAGCGUGGCAGAGACGCCGGAAUGACAAAUUUACGCAGAUUAUGCUGCCGGAAUGGGCCGUAUGGAAGCGCCAAAUACCCGCCGCUGCACUGUCUCGCCAUGCGCGUCAACAAGACAUAAGCAAGGAGAAACGUGUGCAGUUGCACCGCGAGAUACAUUGCGCUCUCACCGAAAAAUGGAAACAUCUGAUCAAAUUGCACGACUGCUCGCCACUGCGCACGACACUGACAUCACUGGCCGUGCAUAUUCCGCUCUUUAUUCUUGUCUCCAUGCUCUUACAAAAAGGUGCAAUUAUGGGAGACUCGGUGCUUGCGCAUGAGAUCGUGCCUUGGUGGUCCCCAGAUGCCACUGUGGCUGCGCAGGCAUCCGCAUCGCAGCAAAUUCUCCAGGAAAAAGGCCUGGAUCCGGAACUAGUACGACGGCUUACGCAGAUAGGCGGGCCUACACUCGCGGAUACGGACCCUACACGUAUUAUGCCUGUCGCUGUUGGGGCACUGAAUAUGGCCAAUGUGGAAAUUGGAAACUGGACAAGGCAGCGGCGCCGCGCAAAAGAGCACGCGCUGGGACUCGGCAGUGCACCCAAGUCCAACGAAGGGAGCGCUGAGCCGGGACCCGAGCCCGAGCCUGAGCCUUUGCGUUCGCGGGUGCUAUCCACCGUGCUGCGUGCAGGUGCAGUCAUUUCAAUCCCGAUAGCGACACAAGUACCAGCGGUGCUUUUGGUGUAUUGGGCAACGUCUGCAUGUGCUACAUUUGCACAAAACAUGUACUUUGCGCGCAAAGAGGCGGAAUAG